CCCACACCGUUCUGCUUGGAGGCAUAGAGAGAUCAGAAUGUGGUUUUGUGAUUUGCUCUUAAUAAAAACCACAGCUUCUACUUAUGUUUCAUUGCAGAGAAAAGGUUGAGGACUUCCUCAAUGGUUUCACAAGAGCACAUUCAGACACACUACACCAUUACCUAUCAGACAUUAGCUGGAUAAGAAGCACAAAAGAUGUGGAAGUGAUUUACACAUUGUUAGAGGUGCUCAUUGCUGGUAGUUGUUGUCUUGGUAAUGCGUUGGUUAUUUUGGCACUGUGGACCAGUAAAAGCAUUCAGCAGCCUACCUUCUGCCUUAUUAUCUCUCUGGCUGUGGCUGACUUUCUGGUUGGCUGCUUGGCCAUACCGUUGGCUGUGGUGGUGGACGGACGGGUGGAGACUUCAUUCCAUGGUUGUCUUUUCCUCAGCUGUGUGGUCAUCCUGUUGACCCUGGUCUCAGUGCUGUCUCUCACCGCUAUUGCAGUGGACCGAUACCUCCGGGUGUACAUCCCUCUCAGGUACAAAAGGACUGUGGCGCAGAGACACUCUUGGUUUGUUGUAGCAGCAUGCUGGCUUGUUGCAUUACCUCUGAGUUUUGCUCCCAUGCUCGGGUGGAACAACCAGGAAACCUUGUCUAACUCAGUCAACUCCACGAUUGUCUGUCGGUUUAUAACAGUGAUCCCCAUGUCAUACUUGGUUUACUUCAACUUUUUCCUCUGUACUCUCAUCCCUCUGUUGGUGAUGAUUGUAUUGUAUGGCUACAUUUUCUGUACUACUCGAGGAAACCUUCGAGAGAAACCAGGCAAUGGUGCCCAAAUCCAGUCUCAGAACUACCUGAGGAAAGAGAAACAGCUGGCAGGAUCCCUGUCUCUGGUCUUGGCUCUGUUUGCCCUGUCUUGGCUCCCUCUGCACAACAUGAACUGCAUCGCUUACUUUGGUGGGCCGAAUGAUAUUCUAGAAACAGCCUUUUAUGUUGGCAUCCUGCUUUCUCAUGCCAAAUCAGCUGUAAACCCAGUUGUGUAUGCAUUUAAAAUAAAAAAGGUUAAGACAGCUUAUCUGAAGCUCUGGACGCAUGAAGGGAAUAGUUCCUUCUUGUGUGUGGGGUGUGAUUUUUUUUUGUCUAUUUGACAAAACAGGCACAAUGUUGAACACAAUGAUUAAUGCCAUGUUUUUUGUACUCAUCUGUGUGUGUGUAUUUAAUUGUGUAAAGUUUUUUUAUCUUGGAAAUUCAAAUAUGAGUCCUGUAGUUUAUCAGCUGUGAUAUCAGAAACAUUAUAUUUUAGGUUUGUGGUUAGCUGUGAGCUCAUUUUUUUUUCAUGUUAAAGUUUUGCUGUUUAGUGUUACAUUUUGUUGUGUACAUAUACUUCAUAUGUAUUUACUCACUUAAAUGUGUCUCCUAAAAUGUGAUGAAAACAUAGUUUCAGGAGUAUGAGGAAGUGAGAAUGUCCAUAAUCUAUAUUUGGCAUACAUGAAAUAGUUUGCUCUGCUGCUUUUGGACUUGUAUAGCCAAACAUUACAAAAAUAUUUUCAACUAACUGUCAUUUUCCACUCUUUAAAGCACUCAGUAAUAAGUAUUAAAGAACUGUAUCAAGUUAUUAUGAAAAACAGUCGUUUAGUAUGUAUUUUUUUUUCAGAGUGAUGUGUGUUUACCGUUUGUGUUGAUCAACUAACAUGCAUCAUAACCUAAUCUCUUCAGUCUACACUAGUGCACUUUCAAGCCUCUCUGUGCACAGUUUGCAACCACCCUA